GCAUUUGCGGGUGUUCAUUUCGGGUCUGUUUGGUGCAGCCAUAUUAGUGUGAGUUGCGUGGAAUUCUGGACGAGCGUCGUAAUCUACCUGUUGGAUAACCAUUAGCAGCUUCUCACGAGGGGAAGCUUCUCGUGUGACUUGCCGUAGUUGUUACCAGUGUUUUUAAAGUUAUAACUAAAACUUGAAGCAAUGUUGUGCAUUACAGAAAUGCGCGUACUCUCAACAAGCCGCUUAACUAGUUUGCACACGAAACGUGCUUUGUUUACUCAAGUCGGGCAGAUGAGGCACUCACAUGUUUUAGGAUCUAACCAUACGUUGUGGGGAGCAAGGAGGACUUUUGGAGGUUUUGGUUGUGUUACAACUCCAUUACAGACGGACCGAAAGACAUGCAAACCAAUUGUUUACUUACACAGUGUCCAUGGAGGAGGACGCUUUCACAAUAGACCAUGUAUGCGUUCCUUCUCGACCAGAACAGCGUACGACGACGCUUUCUCAACAGCAAGGGAUAACCCUGAAAAAUUCUGGAGCGCAGCUGCACAAAAUAUCGAUUGGUUUGAACCAUGGCAUCAGCUUUUGGACAAGACAGAUAUAGUAUUGCCGCAAUGGUUUGUUGGAGGUAAGCUGAACGUCUGUUACAAUGCAGUGGACCGGCAUGUGGACAGCGGAAGAGGGAAUCAGGCCGCUAUCAUCUACGAUAGCCCUGUUACCAACACAAAACUCAUACUGAGCUACAAGCAAUUACAGGAGGAGGUUUCUCGGCUGGCUGGUGUCCUGUUGAGAAAUGGGGUGAAGAAAGGGGACCUGGUGGUCAUCUACAUGCCCAUGGUGCCUCAGGCUAUGUUUGCCAUGUUGGCAUGUGCCAGAAUAGGGGCAACCCACAGCCUCAUCUUUGGUGGCUUUGCUUCCAGGGAGCUGUCUGUUCGUAUCGACCAUGCUAAGCCUAAGAUGAUUGUGACGGCGUCGUUUGGCAUCGAGCCGGGCAGGAGGGUGGAGUACAUCCCUCUGGUGGAGAAGGCCCUGGAACUGAGCAGCCACAAGCCCCAGAAAGUGCUCAUCUUCAACAGGCCCAACAUGGAGAGGGUGUCCAUGCACCCUGACCUGAGUCUGGACUGGGACGAGGAGAUGGCCAAGGCUCAGCCCCAUGACUGUGUCCCCCUCCCUGCUAACCACCCCCUCUAUAUCCUCUACACCUCUGGAACAACAGGCGCACCCAAGGGCAUUGUCAGAGACACGGCGGGCUAUGCGGUCAUGCUGAACUGGACCAUGACCAAUCUGUACGGACUCAGCCCAGGAGAGGUGUGGUGGGCAGCCUCAGACCUUGGCUGGGUGGUUGGUCACUCCUACAUCUGCUACGCCCCUCUUCUCCAUGGCAACACCACCAUUCUGUAUGAGGGUAAACCUGUGGGGACUCCAGAUCCUGGGGCGUUUUUCCGUGUGAUCUCUGAGCAUGGCGCGUCCUCCAUGUUUACUGCACCCACGGCCAUCCGAGCCAUCCGACAGCAGGACCCUCAGGCAGAGCGAGGGAACCAGUACCCCAUGCACAGGCUCCGGAGCUUGUUCUUGGCAGGGGAGCGCUGUGAUGUGGAGACACUGGAAUGGACCAAGAAGAGCUUUAAGGUUCCAGUGCUGGACCACUGGUGGCAGACUGAGAGUGGAUCAGCUAUUACUGCCUCCUGCAUCGGUCUGGGAGGCUCAGUCUCACCGCCUGCUGGUCAAGCAGGCAAGUCAGUGCCUGGAUACAAUGUCACAGUGAUCGAUGAUGACAUGCAGGAAGUGGAACCCAGGACUCUGGGUAAUAUAGUAGUAAAACUCCCAUUGCCUCCGGGGGCAGCACUGACUCUAUGGCAGAAUGCCGAUUUGUUCCGGAAGCUUUACUUUACCAAGUUUCCGGGUUAUUAUGACACCAUGGAUGCAGGCUUUGUGGACGAGGAGGGCUUUCUGUACAUCAUGUCGCGGUCUGAUGAUGUCAUCAAUGUCGCAGGACACAGGUUGUCUGCUGGGGCGCUGGAAGAGUCAGUGCUGUUGCAUGCUGGGAUAGGGGACUGCGCGGUGGUGGGGCUUGAGGACUCCCUGAAGGGCCAUGUUCCAUUAGCUCUGUGUGUGCUGCGUAAUGAGUGUCAGAAGAGCCAGGAAGAGGUUGCGAAGGAGAUUGUGAGUCUGGUCCGUGAGACGAUUGGGCCAGUGGCUGCCUUCAGGAAAAUUCUGUUUGUGAAGGGUUUGCCCAAGACCCGCUCAGGAAAGAUUCCCCGCUCCUCUCUGGCCAACCUUGUCAAUGGAAAGCCAUAUAAGAUCACUCCGACCAUAGAGGACCCUGGUGUUUACAAGAACAUUGAGAUGGUCGUGCAAGAGAGUCAGCUCAGACCCGGACAGUGACACACACACUCACAAAGGCCCGUAAACGAGCAAGCCGUCCAAGACACCACAUAAUUCUUUUCUUAAUGCACACAGACACUUCCAGACCUCUCUUCCUACAGAUUGCACAAACAUUUCAUGUAGGGCUGUCAAAAUAAUGCCGUUAAAAUAACGCAGUAAAAAAUGUAACGCUGAUUAAUCGCAUUUCAUAGUGACAUUUGACCCUGUGCAGUCUGGCUAUCGUGACUGAAGGAGGCAGACGAGAAAGCACUGCUUUGAAUGAAACAUUUAGCCUAGGUCAGUGGUUUUCAAAGUGGG